AUGGGUGUAAAUGUGAGCGCUUCCAUCCAGAAUGAAGCGCGACCGGUGCACGGCACAGAUACGUCGGACGCCAGUUGGAGUGCACGGUGUACCAGUCCAACGGAAUUUAACUGUGGAGAGCCUGGAUGUGCGUACGUGCUCCACAGCCCCGUCGAAUACGAGCAUCACUACAACUCAUCACACGUUCAUGUCUGUAGCGCGUGUGGCCAAAGUUUGCCUUCCGAGAGGGUACUGGAGUUGCACAUUUCCGAGACACACGAUCCAUUCUUCAAGGUGCUCAAUUUGCGACAACCUAUGUAUGAAUGUUUCAUAGAAGGCUGUGCACUUAAAUUUAUGGCUGAGAAUGAUCGACGGCAGCAUCUCGUGGUCACGCACCAAUACAGCUCCAAUUGCUUGGAUCUGUAA